AUGAAGUCAUUUUUGGUCUUCCUUCUGGUGGCAGUGCCCCUCGUUCUGGCGACGGACAAGUUGACAAAGGCAACGCACAAAUCGCCUUCGAUGGGUUCGGCCAAGCUGGCGGACAGUGUGGCCAGUGCGACGACGGUGACGGAGUUUAAGAAGAUUCGCAAACCGAAACGAUCGAACGGCGAGAUUCCACUGCUGAUCAUCCGUCCGGUGGAGAAGCGCCGGAAGAUUUACUUCAAGGAACCAACCGUGAAGAUCGCCUCCGGUGGCGUGGCGACGUAUGGCACUUACCCUGAGCUUCAUACGAGCGAUGGUGAGAUGUUCACGCUGGAGCACAUGCUACCGAUCCUCAGUCUGGAGGGUAUGCUGAAGGGCUUCUCGAAGCAUAGCCCGGUGCCGAACCAUUUCAUACCAUCGCCGCAGUUCAAACCCUCCGACAUCCAUCACAUCGUUGCACCGCAGAAGACGAAGGAGGAAUACCAUCUGUCGUUCGGCGAUAAGACACCGCUGAAGCCGAGCCAGCUGCUCUCGAUCUCCGCACCGCACAAACCGACGGAAGCGAUCCCGGCCCAGUCACUGCCCUCACCGCCACCCCCGAACUACGUACCGGCCGUAAAUUCUGAAGAUCAGCUACUGAAACUUGGUCAACCACAGCCUUCCUUUUCCCCUCUGGUACAGGAGAAGCCAGCCUUCGUCAAACCGGAACAGUUGCCGGCGAGCUUCAACUUCAAGGUGCAGGAAGAGGUCAGCCACUACAAGGUGAACGCGAUCCCGCUCAAAUCCCCCCAGGAGGUUCCUCAUCAAGCUCAUCUGCAUAAUUACGGUGGUGGCAGUGGUGGUGCCACAAGCUACGUUGGAAGUCAGAACGAACCCCCAAAGUACAGCAAACCCGUGUAUCAUCAUCAUGGCCACGAGCAAGUGCAACAGAAGAAGCCGCAACUGUCAUCGGUCACGACUAAUUUCUACCAUCCAAAGACCAUAAAUGCAGAGCAGGAGCAAGGCCAUCAGCAUCCGGCUGGUUUCAGCCAGCCACAACAACAGCAGGGCAACGUUCAGACGCAUUUGAGUUACUAUUUCCCCAAGGAAGAAUCGAUCCCACAAUCGGCCAGUCCUCAGCAGCAGCAGCAGCAGCAGCAGUACCAACAACAUCAUCAGCAGCAGCAUAGCCACUCGCAAGCUACCUCGUACAGCAGUGUGCAGGCCGGGACAGGAUCCGGAACUGGAUCGUCUAGUGCCACCACCAGCACCAGCAGCAGCGGUGAUCACAUCGAGUUUGUUCACGGUGAGAAACCGAUCCACAAGACCUACAGCUCGCACAUCAAACAAAAGUACCAAAAACAGCAUCAUCAGCCGCACGUCUUCAUCCAGAAGUACUUUGAGUUCCCCGGUGGUAAGGGAGGUAAUCACAAGAACGUGGUGACCGAGUAUCAUGGUACGCAGAACGAAACAACGGAACAGCUCCACCAGCAUCAGCAUCCGGGACAUCAUCAUCUGCCGGAGCCACAGGCUUAUGCGGCCCCUCAGUAUCUGCCACUUCCGCAACCACAAGCCUUGCAUCAGCAACAUCCACCAGCGGUCAUCGUGUCUGUGCCGACGGCUCAAACACUGCACCAAAGCCAACCACAUCACGUGCACCUUCCGGUACAUCAUCCGGUGCACCAUCCAGUGCACCACAUGCACUCUGGUCCGGCCCAAAGCUACUGGAAGUUUGGGCGUCGUAAUCAGGACAUUAAACCCGUGGUCGAGCACACUAACGAGCCAGAACAGGACAGUCAGCAUGCCGGUUCGGCCGCGAUUCAAGUCAAGCACACCUCGGUCAGCAGCGGAACGGUUUCUGGAAGCAGCAGCACCACUACCUCCACUCCAUCCGCUAAGGACACUAAAGCACAAGAAGCAAAGGCCCAAGAUCGUAUCGAUGGUGAUGUGGUACCGAGCAGUGCACCGACCAACAACAACAACAAUGGCACAGUGAGCAACAACCAGCAACCCACUCGUACCCCGAAGCAGAUCCAGAACAACUGUGAACGACGCUGCAUCCGGAAUACGGUGGCACAGGCGAACGAACCCGUCUGUGGAACCGAUGGCCAGACGUACACCAACCGUGGCAAGCUACGGUGUGCCCGGACAUGCGGCAAAGAUGCUCUUGAAAUUCGAUCUUAUGGCGAAUGCUCGCCAUCCGGCAAAAACGCAUAA